UCUUUGGCUAAAUUACAUCUACGUAAUUUUCAUAAAUUUAGUUCUUGACUUUUCUACUCAUUCUUUUUUAACUGCUGCUCAUUCUAUUCCCUUUCAUUUGUUAAUAGUAUUAAGUUACUAGUAGUUAUCAUCUUUCUUUAAUGAUUAGGUUCAUGCUCACCUCUUUUUAAAUGCUCUCCUUAGUCCUUACACCUCUCUCUGUUGCACAUUCUGUAGUUUACUUUAAAGCUCCUCAUUUCAAGCUGAACUUCUGGUAAAAUAUAACAGGGGAAGUUUUGAACCAGCAGCAAAACAAAAGGAGGAGCAAUUGUCGGAAUGAUUACACGAGCAAUUACAGGACAAACAACAGAAACAGGGUUUGUUCGGGGAGCUGGAAUUGGUGCUGUGGCUGGUGCUAUUGUUGCUGUUGAGUUGCUGGAGUCCUUGCUCAAUGGUGAUUCAUCGUCUAAGGUAGGAAUGUUUGGAAGCUUAAUAAAUGGAAAGAUAUUUCGGGAAUGGGUUUGCCCAGCAAUGCUCAAGGCUUAUCAAUGGCAGGUGGGGACACUGGAAACGAGUUAUAUGGAAAUAUCUGACAUUUUCGAUGUUCAAGGAACCAGAGGAAUGCCUCCCGAAUCUGUUGAUAAACUCCCAAAGUUCAACAUUAUUCGCAAUGGAACCGUGGAUCACUGUGGCGAGAACAACUCUUGUUCAAUAUGCUUACAGGAUUUCAACGAGGGUGAAACCGCGAGGGAACUACCAAAUUGUAAACAUCUGUUUCAUUUGCUUUGCAUUGACGGAUGGCUAAUUAUUCAAGCAUCUUGCCCAGUCUGUCGAAAGGAUGUUUAAUACUAAUCAAGACAAAGAAAAGACACUUCGGUGAUCCACAACACCCUUCAUCGAGACAACAGAAUAUGGACAAAAAGGAGACGGGUUCGAACCAAAAAUUCCUGGUCCUGUCAUGUAAAUUAAGCACCGUGAUCCUAAACAACAUGUACUUGAACACGAGAAAACAAACAUAUAUUUGCAUGGAGAAUUUCAGUUGGUAGCUGUUUGAAGAACUUCUCAAGUCUGAAGUCUUCAAACAACCAAGCACCUGUAACAUAAUCUUAAAAAGUAUGCAUGUACUCCUCUUGCUUGAAAGAAAUUCUGUUUGAUCUGAUAACCAAGAAUUUACAUAAAGCUGAAGUUU